GCUCAUACAAACCGAGUUCGUGUCAGUUAAGCCGCAUUUGCACCAUGCACGUUGAGAACAAUAUUCAAUCUGAAACUUUAGGUCACAUUUCACGACAAAUCAGAGAAACACUCUCCAGUACGUGGUUCGGCAAUUAGUUUUUGACUAAAAUCAUUGAUUAACGUAUUCUACCUGAAGGGUCUAAAUGCGGCUUGAUGCUCACACAAACCGUGUUCGGGUCAGUUCUACACACGUCCUCUUCAGUCCGUUCAGACAUCGUGUUCGAAAUCUGUGCGUUGGUUGAUGUUACGGUAAAAACGAGUCGAAGCAUCACCUUCCAAGUCGUACUGACGGGAUCUACGCUGAUACAAGUGAUAUCAGUGAGUGCGCGCAUUGAGUACUGUCGAUAUGAGGCUGAUAGUGCUUCAGUUCAUUUUACUGCUUGCUACAGCGGCGGUGGCAUAUCCGGCAAGGAAUAGCAAGGGGGAUGCGACGAAGGUCUUGUAUGACCAGAGACAAGAAGGCGCAUGGAAUGUUCGAGCCGACCUGGACAACUUUGUGAUCCUCUUGAUCCCAACCCCAAUGUUAGCAGCAACGACAUCCCCUUCAUCAGGCAGCACAUCCCAACCCUCAUCAGCCAGUUUAUUGGACCUUCUGACGAAGUCCCUUCCUAAGGGUGCCAGACUGAAGAGAGUGAAGCACGUGAAGAAGCAUCAUCAGGAAAGCGAGUCGAAUGAAUCACAGGUUGAUUCAAAUGAGCCAGUGGAAUCGAAUGAGCCAACGGCUACGUUGGAAACUCAACAUUUCAUAGAGUCGAAGACUGCGCCAUACCAUGUGGAUAUCUCCAAGACCAAAACACACCUGGACGUUGUGGAUUCGUCCACUGAAGGAUUGGCGAAAAUUUGGAAGAAUGGCCCGCUGAAACAAAAAAGAAACGCCCGAGCCUUCCUGCUAACAGUUCCCGACGAAAAAAUCAUUGUCACUCUCGAACAAGAUACAAUUGGAGAUGAAAAGAAAGACGUGAAGAAUAACGUACGGAAGGAAGAAAAUACGUUGAAACUUUUAGGUGCUGAAUAUGAACAGUGUGGUCCUGGACUGUAUCGAGACAAUAAAGGAAUUUGUAGAAUGUAUAAGAACGUUUGAAUCAUGUUUCUGAUACUGCGAGAUAUUUAUUUGCUUUUAUAAUUUAUUUUUUUAUUAAAUAGAAAUUAUGCCUG